AUGCCCAUCUAUCUAUCUAUCUAUCUAUCUAUCUAUCUAUCUAUCUAUCUAUCUAUCUAUCAACAGAUACAUGGGCAGAUAGCCCAUCUAUCUGUUGAGAUCUAUCUAUCUAUCUAUCUAUCUAUCUAUCUAUCUAUCUAUCUAUAUAUAUAUAUAUAUAUAUAUAUGCCCAUGUUUCUGUUGAGAUCUAUCUAUCUAUCUAUCUAUCUAUCUAUAUAUAAUCUGCCCAUAUAUCUAUCUAUCUAUAUAUCUAUCUAUCUAACUAUCUGCCCAUAUCUAUCUAUCUAUCUAUCUGCCCAUGUAUCUGAUGAGAUCUAUCUAUCUAUCUAUCUAUCUAUCUAUCUAUCUAUUCUAUCUUGGCUGGAUUAUCUCUCCUCUCCAUUGUGCGAGCUUGAUAAGCGCAACCGAUUCUUGACUUCAUUCCAAAUGGCUGACUACUUUCUGUAUAAACCAGGUAUAUAUGGUAUAUACACAUUUGAAACAUUUUUCUUCUUUCUUUCUUUCUUUCUUUCUUUCUUUCUUUCUUUCUUUCUUUCUUUCUUUCUUUCUUUCUUCUUCUUCUUCUUCCUUGUUCUCUUCUUUUUCCUUGUUUUCUUCUUUAUUUGUCUUUUUUUCUUUAUCGGUUCUUCUACUACUUAA